GUUUUUCUAGUUCUUAUUUUGUUGUUGGUUUGCUGUAGUUUAAAAUUUUAAUUGUUCUUGUUAUUUUGAUUUUCAGUUUUAAUUGAUCUUUUUUCUUAAUUUGUUAAUUUGAUAAAUUAUUAUUUUGGUGUUGUUCUUGACCUUUUGAUUGUUAUGUUGUGUUUUGCUGUUGUUGAUUUAAUAAAUUGUUCAUUGAGUGGAAGAUGAAAACCUGCCAUGUUAAAACUGCUCCUGCCAUGUUAAACCUACCAUGUUAAAACUGCUCCUAUUGGUUUAGUAUGGCUCAAUCCUUGCUUCCAAAGAGAUUCUACCACCAUGCUUGGACCUUCUCUCUGAGGUUGGCCCUGUGAUGAUUAAGGAUGUAAAUCUUGUGACCCACUUUAGAAAUUAACUUUUUAGUUUCUUUUUUAAAUUGAAUGUCGAAAUUUUGUUUGUUGAUGUGUGAAUAUAUUCUUUCAUAUUCCUCACUAAGUCGUAGUGAUCUGUAUGCCUUUGAUCCCAUAGCCUUUGUUAGUUAUUGUUGCAUAUUGGUAGAUAGAAGGCAUCAAAUUUUGUGACAUAUGGUAGUAAGUAGUAAGUAGAGUAGUUUAUUCUUUUCUUUUCUUUUAGAGAUAUGUCAGAUAGAACAAUGUAUAUACUUUUGAAAACCAAAUUGUUUCUUUUGAACCAAAAUUUGGGUGAUUACUCUUUUCUAAAUAUGCAAGCAAUUCUGUCUAGUUGGCUAUGAAAGCUUUCAUUUUCUUUCUAGUAUUAGUUCAUGUUGUAAAUGACCUUGUUUUGCAAAUAAAACAGUUGUGAAGUUACCGUGAAACAGUGGCGUGGAAUAGUCUCUCACUCUUUCUCUAAUUUAUUUUCUAUUUUUUUCUUUGGAAAAAAAACAUAUUAGGUAUUUCCUUUGAUUGGAAUGUAGAAGAUAAUACAUCUUUCUAUGGUUUUAUUCUUUAUUGUAACAAAUUUUGAAUAAUUGUUGUUAGUUAAUAUGGGAACCUUGCUGUUAGUUAUUUUAUUUAUUAUUUUAUUAUAAAACGGUUAUUUCGGUUGAAUUACGGUUGAACCGGUUGGACCAAUAAACCACUAAACCAGUAACUAGAAUGGUUCAAUGACCGGUUCGGUUUUCAGAACCUUGGUUAUGUUGUUCUUUUCAUCCUGUCCUAUUUAAUCUCUCAUUGUUAAUGGGCAGCGAGUGUGUUUGGUGCAAUAAUUUUAUUAGGGCGUCUAAACUAGUCUGGUGUUUCUGUCUUUAGAUAAAGCUUGAUUUUGUUCUACCACUUAUAUUCAUCAAGCUUAAUCUUGGAACUGCACGAUGUUGUUGGAUGAGAGUGAGUUUGAUGUCCACUUGAAGCUUUGGGUGCUUCGAAUUCCUUGCCAACAUUGCAAACUCGCCACUCGAAUACUCAAUGGUUACAUGCUUGAUAAGCCCCGGGUUAAACCCGUCACUGAGGACCCGACAUCUCGUAAAAACCGUUACGUUAUUCUCUCCGAGAAAGUUCAGAACCAAGAUUUAUCUGAUAUUCCGAAGGAAAAGCUCGAUGAGCUUAAGGGCUUGUGUGAGAUUGAAGUUGUGCCUUACUCAUUAACAUUAGGGUAUUCAUAUUGGAGUGCUGAUCACGUGCUUAAGCAGAUACUGCCUGCUGGAUUUGAGGUUCCCUCAUCCUUUGAAACAAUAGGUCAAAUUGCCCAUUUAAACUUACACGAGGAAUUACUUCCCUACAAAGAUGUUAUUGCGAAGGUUAUUUUUGAUAAAAACUAUCCAAGAAUCAAAACCGUUGUUAAUAAAGUGGGAACUAUUACAAAUGAAUUUCGUGUUCCAGAAUUUGAAGUUUUAGCAGGAGAACAUGAUAUGGUUACAGAAGUGAAGCAAUAUGGUGCCAGUUUUAAGCUUGAUUACAGUUUGGUUUAUUGGAAUUCUAGAUUGGAACAUGAACAUAAAAGAUUGGUUUCUCUGUUCCAACCUGGAGAGAUCAUUUGCGAUAUGUUUGCGGGUAUAGGUCCUUUUGCAAUUCCUGCAGCCCAAAAAGGAUGCCUAGUCUAUGCAAAUGAUUUGAAUCCAGAUAGCAUUCACUAUCUGAGGAUCAAUGCUAAAGUCAACAAGGUCGAAGAUUGCAUAUAUGCAUACAACACGGAUGCUAGAAGAUUCAUCUCCCAGCUGAUGGAGGUGCCAACUACUGAGGUUAAAUUAGAAUGUAAUGUUCCAAGUCUGAAUACAUGUGAGUCAUGCAACACAAAAGAUGAUGUUGAAACAUGUGCAGAAACUGCCUUGCUAAUUGUUGAUAGAAAGGGCAUAGGAGAUCGCAAUAACAAUAGUUUAGAGGAUGUAGAAUGUCCAUCAAAGCACGAUGAUACAUCUGUAACUUCUGCUAAGAGAUCUUCUAGUAGUUCCCAUGAAGAGAAUGGAAAGACUCGUGGAACUGAUAGCUUUAAAGGUAGUGGGAAAAGAGGAAGCCAAAACAAGAGAAUGAGAGGUUCCGAGUUCACUGACACAAAAACUUGGGAGCAUAUUGACCACGUAAUAAUGAACCUACCAGCAUCAGCUGUUCAGUUUCUAGAUGUAUUUAGGGGAUUAAUCCAGAGGAAAUAUUGGAAAGGAAAUCUACCAUGGGUCCACUGCUAUUGCUUCAUUAGAGCAACUGAAACUCCAGAGACGAUAAUAGCUGUGGUAGAGUCUGCUUUGAGUGCCUGUAUACAAAACCCAAUAUUUCAUCGGGUUAGGGAUGUAGCUCCAAACAAGGCAAUGUUUUGUUUAAGCUUCAGGUUGCCAGAAGCAUGCUGUAGGGAAGAUGAUCAAUAACAAGAGCAUGCUUUCUUGAUGCUGCUGAAGAGAUAUUAGCUUUGAAUGAUUUAUUACUCUAGUUUUCCGGGUAUAACAGGGCCAUGCCAUGCUAUCUGACUCAGAAAAGCACAGUUAAAAGUGAAAAUCAGCAAAAAGAAUAGGUCAUUCUUCAAAUUGUUUCCUUUUCCUCUUUUCCCUCUUCACACACACACACACACACACACACACUAUAGGGGCUUGUUGAUUCUUCUAGAAAGAAGUUCUUAGCUUGCCUAAUCAUAUGUUGUGAUGAAUUGGUGACUGUUUUUGAGCAAUGAUUAAAUCUGUAGAUAUUUCCCCAGUUAUAUGAGAGUUAGUAUUUUACAGCAUCCUACUUUAAGUUCUCAAGCUUUUCUUUGUGAUUGAUAAACAAUGUUGG